AUGGAGGAACAAGGUCAAGAAUCUCUCCCAAGAGAUGCCACCAAAGAAGAAAUCGAAACUCUCAGUCAUGAGUCUGAUAAAAUACCUUUCACUGCUUGGCUCUUAGCACUCACAGGUGCCGCAGCACAGCUUGCACGCUUUGGAAUUAUGGUGGCGUGGCAAAAUUACCUUCAAAAUCCACCCGGUGAUAAAAAACUCCCUGGAGCCUUAGGCUUAGGAGAGUCCAACGCAACGAUAAUCCAAAACGCCUUCUUGUGCUUCCAGUAUUUAACUCCAAUGCCAUUUGCAUUGCUAUCAGAUUCAUGGCUCGGUCGAUACAAGACUAUGCUUUUCAGUCUUGGGCUUAUGGUUAUCGGAUACAUAGUGCUGUUUGUGACUGCUCUUCCAAGUUCGCUAGAGCAUAAGGCGGGUCUGGGAGGCCUUAUUGCUACUAUGAUUUUGACAGGCCUGGGGCAAGGGGGAUUGUCCGCAGUAAUAUAUCCUUUUAUUGGCAAGGGUGACCAAAUCCCCGAAAGGAACCCAACUAUCGAGCGAAACUCAAAAGGCAAGUUAGUAGUAACCGAUCGGAAAUUGGCUAUACAAUAUAUCUUCAGUGGUUAUUACUGUAUAUCGGGGUUCUGGGCUGCGUAUCUCCUGCCAACAUGUAUCUUGAUAGUGACGGUCAUUCCUGUCAUCGUCUUUAAUAAGCGACUAGUCAAACUACCACCUCAAGGCAACAUUCUUUCCCAAGCCGGACAAAUGCAAUCGCAAGGGGUUUCAAACGAUACCAUCCAGUCAAUCAACGCAAUCGCAUGUAUAAUCAUGAGUCCUCUUAUUCAACACACCCUCUCCUAUUUUCAACGACGCAAAAUCCCACUCGGGCCCAUCCUACGAAUGACGAUAGGAUUCUUCUUCAUAGCAGCGGGAAUAGGCUAUGCUGCUGGUUUCCAACAGCUCAUCUAUUCGCGUGGACCAUGCUACCACUAUCCCCUCGAAUGCGCAGCUGCACGAAACCCACAAGACAGUGCUCAGAACAUCAACGUCCAAGCAAAUAAAGUAAGCGUAUGGCUGCAAACACCUCUACAAUUCCUUCUCUCUAUCGGAGAGAUACUCUGUCUAGUCUCGCUAAGUGAAUACACAUACAAUGAAGCACCCACGAAUCUCAAAGCAUUAGUUCAAGCUUUCCAGGCGGUGGCGGCAGCGCUGGGAGCGGCGAUUGGGAUUGGUUUGGGUCCGGUGUCGAAGAAUCCUUGGUUGGUUAAUAAGUUUGCUUGUUUGGCGGGAACGAUGGCUAUUACUGCUGUGGUUUUUUGGGUGGUUUUUAGAAGUCAUGAUGUUGAUUAUACAAAAACGGAUGUAGUUGAUGCUGUUGACAGUAAUGAGAAUGGUGGUCAGAGGGGUGAUCUUGAGGCUGUGGUUUGUAGGAAGGAAACGGCUGAUGCCGAUCCUCAUCAUGUAGAGAAGCUUAUCUCAACUAAUUCUGUCAAGGCUGUGAAGACUUCUUUGUAA